GUGCGUGCAGGGGCGGGGAGGGCACUGGACAGGCGGAAGGGACAUUCCACUAUUGGGAGGAGGUCUCUGGGAGGACAGGUUCCUAAGCAGGGAAGCCUGCCGUGAAGGUCUCAGGGGCCUCAAAGGGGAGGUCGCAAGGGCCCCAGUAGGACUGGAGCACGGAGGAUGCGGUCUGGGGGGAGGGGAUCCUGGGUUCCCAGCCGCCUCCGUGGCAUGGGAGUGAGGCGGAGCCUUCAGAGUGGGGGCGCGUGGCUCAGCUUCUUGGCCAACAUCCUCACGGUGCUCUCCACUGCCACCAACUACUGGACCCGCCACCACGGGGGCCACAGUGGCCUGUGGCAGGAGUGUAAUCAAGGCAUCUGCUCCAACAUGCCCUGCCAGACCACGCUGGCCGUGACCGGGGCGUGCAUGUUGCUGGCGGCGGGCUUCGGCAUCGUGGGCCUGGUGAUGGGGCUGCGGAUUCGGUGCCACAAGGGCGAGUCGCUGCGGGGCCAGACGACGAGCGCCCUCCACUUCCUGUGCGGACUGCUGCUGCUGAUCGCCUUGACAGGCUACACGGUGAAGAAUGCGUGGAAGAACGACGUCUUCUUCUCCUGGUCCUAUUUUUCUGGGUGGCUGGCUUUACCCUUCUCAAUUAUCGCGGACCCGGCGGAGACGCCCUUGGAGCCCCAAACCCCAGUCCCCGGGGCCUGCCUGGCCAUCUGCCACAGGACCCACCCGCCCUCCGCCCCCCCGCCAGGCUUGUGCUUCCUGCUGGCGGACAUGAUCGUGCAGAGCACCGACGCCAUCAGCGGGUUCCCCGUGUGCCUGUGACCGCAGCCUGCCUGGGGCAGAAUAAAGGAGUAGUUUUUA